CUACCUUUUGGGAGACAUAUUCUUGUUCGUACUCUUUCCUUACUAAUUUUUUAAAAUAUUUGUAGGAUCUAUGGCAUUUUCCCUCUUCCAUUCCUGAGCGCCUUGUGAGGCCGUUAUUACUUUGGAUAGGAUCUUCAGUUUGUCGCUGAGUUUAGGUUAAAAGAUUUGCUCAAGAUCAUGCUGGUGCUGAGUGCCAGAGAAUGGACUCCAAACUCACUACCUCUACUAAUUAUUCUAUAAUAUGCACAGUCACCUCACAAAACAACUUUGAGCAUGUUGAUUUAUUGACCCACAUAUUUGUGUAACCGUGACCUGAUUACUUGGAUGGCAGGCAGUAGGAUGGAACAUACAUUGACUUUGGUUUGAAUAGGUUUGAACAAGUGACGUCACAAUCGCUUGCUGUCUGACCUUGGGAACAUCAGUUUAUCUGAGCCUCCUUUUCUGCACCUGAAAUAAGAUAUGAUUACCUUCCUCAUAGGAUUUUCUUAAGAGUUAACAUACAUAAAAUGCUUUAACAGGGGGUCAGAGUGCACGGAGGAAAUCAUCGAGUUCCCCAUCCUGAAGCUAAAUGGCCGGACCAUGGAGACUGAGUCUACCUUUCACACGUAUGUCCAGCCUGUAGUCCAUCCACAGUGUACUCCCUUCUGUACAGAGCUCACUGGGAUUAUUCAAGCCAUGGUGGGUGGUCAGCCAAGCCUGCAGCAAGUGCUGGAGAGGGUCGAUGAGUGGAUGGCGAAGGAAGGCCUCUUAGAUCCAAACGUCAAGUCAAUUUUUGUCACCUGUGGACACUGGGACUUAGAAGUCCUGCUCCCAGGACAGUGCCAGUACUUGGGCUUGCCAGUAGCAGAUUACUUCAAGCAGUGGAUUAACCCGAAAAAGGCUUACAGCUUCGCCAUGGGCUACUGGCCCAAGAACGGACUUCUAGACAUGAACAAGGGCCUCAGCCUGCAAUACACAGGCCGGCCCCACAGCGGCAUUGACGACUGCAAGAACAUUGCCAACAUCAUGAAGACACUCGCGUGUCGAGGCUUCGUCUUCAAGCAGACGUCAAAGCCGUUCUGACCGGCCGAGGAUGGGAUGGGGCAGGACAGGGUAGCUGCUUGGCCCAGCCCACAACCUUCCUCUCCCUCACCAGAGGGGCAAAGGGAGAGUGGCACAGCUCUGCGUCCAGAGUGUCCCCCAGCCCGCCCUGUGGGCUUCUGCCCUGGGUAAGGCCUGGCUACUUGGCCCCUCUGGAAUAGAUACUUUGUGCC